AUUACAGGGGGUUCACUUAUUCAAAGACCUGGACAAAAGCUGUGCAUGUGUAUUUUUGGGUCGGCUUAGAGCAACAAAACCCACACAUUGUGAGCACCUAACUGGAGGAAUCCAAUUACAACCUACCGCCCUGCUCAGCCAAGUCCAGCCAAGCCCAGCCCAUUGACUAGAGUCUGGACCUCUCACAGUUCCAAGAGAGAGUUCCACAUUUCAACAGGACAGCAGCUCCAGGACAUCAACAGCUGCAGCAUCCCUGCCUGAGCCGGCUGCAAGACUAGGAUCAUCUUACGCCGGCUAUACCCUGGUAAAUUUUUUCUUUCUAAGAGACGGGAGCCUCAUAGAGAGCUCCACACACCGGCCCCCAAGCUGUCUCUUCGGCUACUUCCCUCGAUCUUUAUGGACAAUGAAGAUGAUGAUGAUGGGAAUUUCACCAAAUGGAUGAGCAGUUACUGGGGGCAUGGAGUAAGGGAGGAGCAUGCCAAGGAACGGAAGAGGAGCUUCAAGAGGCCAUCGCGCAACAAAGCUGACAGGCGUGCCUCUUUGCCCUGCAUGUCUCAGCUAGAGGCCAUGCAGUUGAAUCAGCUCCACACCAACAAUAUGCCUCCUGCCCCCAUCCACCCAAAGACCCGUGAGGAAAAGGAGGUGCGCUCCCACCCUCGUGCCCGCCGUGUAUCUUCAGACGAAAACAGCCGAGCCAGAGUGGGGGGAUCUGAAUGUCACAUCACCUCUAUUCCAGAACUCUCAGAGUCCUUAGAAAAGAGACUGCGUUUCCACAACCAGAAGGAGAUACCAAUGGGUGAUGCAGAUUGUAUAUGUCUUAUUUGCCAUGAAAAUUUACAGAAAGGAAGGAGUGGCAUCCAAGAACUUCACUGCGCCCAUCCUUUCCAUAAACAGGCAAAAUGGCCGGAGCGCAGUGCACGUUCACGUAGUGGGAGUUCUGCAGCUGCAUGUGAUCGAGGGAAGGAGGUUCCAUUCUGCCCUGGACAGGAGGAAUAUAGCUUGCCCCGUCGCCAACUCUCUUUACGCAGACAGCGUUGACUGUUUCGAGUGUAGUGGCUUUGCCUGGAUACAUACCAACAGUACAUCAAAUAAACAGUAAUCACUCUGUGUAUUAUAAAAAAAUCUCUUCCUUACAACGAUGUCAGUUUGAAUAUGUGUAGCCCCAUACUACUUAUGCUUAAAAAAAUUACCUGCUAAUCUUUUUGUUUGCAGGCUAGACUGUACCAUGCUUGCCAUGCAAUUUUGUUUUGUUUUUUAUUAUUAUUUUAGACACAAAGGAUCCAAAGUUUUAUCUUUUAUUCCCCUAUGUAUAAAUCAUUAAAGCAAUACAAAGAUCUAGUUCAAUAUCUAUUUUAACCACUUGGUGAAUGCCAAGUCAUGUUUGGAUUAUCAUGUUUGAUUUUAUAAAUACUACAACAACAACAACAACAACAACAACAACAACAACAACAACAACAAAAAAAGCAAAGUUUAGUUCUUGUUUGCAGUUUUCUUAUGGUAAGAAUGAUAUGAACCAUAAUAUGGUUAUUAUAUCCUGUGUAUUAGUAAACUGUCAAUCAAUUAUUAUAUUUUUGUUUGUUUUCAGAGUUAACAUGGACGGAUCAUGUACAUUUCUCAAUUAUUAUUGUAUGUGAUGUAAAGUAAUUUUGUUGUUUAUUGUAUACCGCUAUUUUGGACCACAACUACAAAGUUGGAUUUCUCAAAGGUGUAAGCUUGUUGCGUGCAAGACUGGAUAACUAUGAAUGCUGUUGUAAUUGUAAAUAUGUCCUUGAUUUACAGGUCAUAUGACAGGGACAUAUGUCACUCACAGUUGUGAAGAUACAAUAGCUUGUUAAAUGCACUUGAUGGAAAUUAGCUGGUGGCUAAUUGAGCCAUUGUAAUGGAAAUCAAUUGUGGUCCAAAAUUCUGCCCCACAGAGGAACAAAGGGCAGCAGAUCUCUGUUUUUCAUGCAUGUAGUUGUCAUGCAAGUGUCAUCAUACCUCACCCAUGGCUGCAUAGUAUUGCAUGGUGACAUAACAUUUCAUGAGAUGAGCUUUAUGUAUACACUGUUAGAAUCUUUUACAAUCUUUUCUCCUACUGUAGUUGGAAAAAGAACAUUUAAUGGAACAUGCAUUUUCCUUUAGUAUUUAUGACACAUACGCUACCAGUCAAAAGUUUGGACACACCUAUUCAUGCUUUAUUAUUACUGUUUUCCACAUUUAAGAAUAAUACACUCACUGUGCACUUUAUUAGGAACACCUGUACAACUAUUUAUCAUGCGAUUAUCUAAUCAGCCAAUUGUGUGGCAGCAGUGCAAUGCAUAAAAUCAAGCAGAUAUGGGUCAGAAGCUUCAGUUAAUAUUCACAUCAACCAUCAGAAUGGGGGGAAAUGUGAUAUCAGUGAUUUCGACCGUGCCAUGAUUGUUGGUGCCAGACGGGCUGAUUUAAAUAUUUCUGUAACUGCUGAUCUCCUGGGAUUUUCAUGCACAACAGUCUCUAUAGUUUACUCCGAAUGGUGCCAAAAACAAAAAACUGCCAGUGAGCGGCAGUUCUGCGGACGGAAACGCCUUGUUGAUGAGAGAGGUCAACGGAGAAUGGCCAGACUAGUUUGAGCUGACAGAAAGGCUACGGUAACUCAGUUAACCACUCUGUACAAUUGAAGUGAGCAGAAUAGCAUCUCAGAAUGCACAACCUUGAGGCGGAUGGGCUACAACAGCAGAAGACCACGUCGGGUACUUUAUUAGGGCCAUAGUGUUCCUAAUAUAGUGCUCAGUGAGUGUAGUUCAGUCAUCAAAAAUAUGAUAUAACAAAUUUCCCCUCUGUGAUGACAAAAGAUGAGGAUGUUUGGCUGGGCUGAAAACCAUGCAUGCUAAAGUGUCUGACCACAGAGCCUUUUUGUUUUUUGUCUGUUCAUCCCAUUAACUUACACAUCCCAAAAAAAAAAAAAACAAAAAAAAAAAAAAAGAGAGAGAGGAUUUCAGACUGUUUCUGAUGAUCAUAAUCGUAAAUAUUACAUUGGAAAGUUGUAGAAAUGUCAUUUGUACUAAGAUCAUACUUUUAAUGAAAUAUUCACAGAUAAUGAAAUGCCAACAUUGUAAGUAUUACUUUUAUAAUGUAAUGCAAGUAUUACUUUUAUAAUGUAACAUAUUGUUCAUAGCCUAUAGUACCUUCCUUUAACUUGUGCCACGAUGUUGUCUAGUCUGUGAGUGCCACAUAUUGUAAAAUGUGAAAUAAAGAUGAU